CAAAGGUCACGUACAAAUCCGCAUGUCAUCAAGGGUAGCACACAACAUUCUUGUUUUGCAGAGUAGCCUAGCCUAGGCGUAGUUUUAAAGAUGUCUGUUGACAAUGUUGCCGAAAAAUACCCAGGUUUACAGCAGUACAGGGUAUGCCAGUCGAAGGCAUUCGUGCAGGGAAUAAUGGGCUGUGGUGUAGGUGCAAGUGCGGGUUUCGCAGGCAGUAUACUAUAUCAUAGUAAAUUUCCCGGAGCCUCUAAACAUACAGCUGUCGUUCUUUCAAUUGCCUGUGGCGUUGCUACCGGGUACAUAAUUGCAUCUGUUGCUACACAGAGAUGUCGAGACAUGUGGGUUGAUAUAGCAAGUGAAAUACAAAGAGUGCCAUCAAGUGAAGAUACUUUUUCAAAUUCUUUUAAACCUUCGUCACAAAACAAGGUCAACGACCUCAGACAAGCAUUGGAAUUAGGACUUGAUUUUAAAGUACAGAAGAAUGAUUAUGAGGACUCUUGAAUCAGCAAACAAAUUGUGGUCCCAAGUAACUACAUUGAUCAGUCAGUACAGUAUUAUAAAAAAUAUUGAUUUUUGUAGAUACGUUUUCAGAAAUUAAUGUUCUGUUAAGAUCUGAUUUGUUGUUUUAUAUGUAAAAAUUGAUGAUGAUAACGAUUAUUGUUAUAAAAAUAUUUUUAUAUAUGUAUAUAUGUGUAUAUUGUUUAAUUGUAGUUAAAUGAUAUUAAUGUUAAUUGUAUAAUUCUGCAAUACAACCUUGCAAUCACUGACAGUAAUUUAAUUUUUACCAUGUUGUUAAAAUGACAAUAAGGGAGUAACCUAUCGUAUCGUAUCAAUACUAAUUUAAUUAAAUUUAGUUAAACUGCCAUUCUCAUCAACUAAAUAAUUAUAUAUAUUUUUCAGUAAAGAUGCUCGGCUAGCAUACUCUAUACAACUGGAAUUACAUCCAGUACAUUUGAAUUGGUAGGUGACCCUAAUGCAGGGCACUCAUUCGUCGUAUGUCCGUCGCACGAUUUUGAGCGAUACGUGACGUCGUCUGGUGAAUUUUGGUGGCAGUCCGAACGGAUCGUCAUUAAAAACAAUCCAUUGUACAUGCGUCGUCGCGUUGCGUUCUUCAUAGAAUCGCGUCGGCCGACGACCGUCGUGAGCAUUGAGUGCCCGGCUGGAUUACAAUUACCAUAAAUCCUCAAAUAAAUGCUGCGGCGCUUAUAUAAUUUUUGGAAAGUAUCAUUAUUGUUUGUCAUUUUUUUGUGUAUCUCUUGUUAUUUUGCCAUUAAUAUUAGAAAAAAACCCUAUUAAUGGCAUAGGAUGGAUACUAUUUAUAGUAUUUAUUUUAAAUAUAUCUGCAGUUGGCAAAACUGCAUAGGUCUUUUCUUCUCAUUUUGCAUUUUUUUAUAUUAACAUACAAACGUAGACAAAUUAAAGCCAUCAUUGACUAUUGUAUUGACACUUGGCAUGGUUUUUACAAUGAUUUGAAUUUACUUUAUGAAAUGAUAAUUUUAAUCUACAUGAAAAAUAUUAGAAAAAAAUCAAUAGCAAUUAUUAGCUCGUAUACAUUGAGUGUGAAUAGAAAAAAAAUGAGUUUACAAUACACAUUUAUGUUUAAAAAUGAA